CACCCUAAUUUCUUGGUAUUUUAAACUUUAUAUUAUAGUGAUUAAUACAAACAAUAAUGAGGAGAGAUAAGAAAGACUCGAACCCUACUGAGUGAUAAGACUUCACCUUCCCACAUCACAUGCUCAUGCGUCCUUACCCUUUUUGCUUACCUUUUGACAGCCAAGACUGUCCCAUCUUACUUGCCUCCUCGAUCCCAUUAUAUCUCCUUCCUUCCUUCCUUCACUCUCUAUAUAAGAAUCAAAUGGUCUCUUAGCAGUAUUCGAACUUCGAAGUAUCUCCUCUUCUUUGACUUCAGCUUUUCCAUGGCUCUCAAAGCAGCCAUCUUUGUCCUGGUCUCCCUCCUGUUGGUCGCCUCUACUAGAGAGGUGGCGACGCCGGUUGGGGGUGGCGCUGUGGCUCCUUCGCCAGCUCCGGUUCCUGCUCCAGCUCCAGCUCCAGCUCCCCACAUAUUUGUGAACUUUGAAGAGUGCCCGUUAGCAUGCAAGGCUCGAUGCAAGCUGCAUUCAAGGCAAGGGCUUUGUAACAGAGCUUGCAUGACCUGCUGCAAGGGUUGCAAAUGCGUGCCACCGGGAACAGCCGGUAAUCGAGAGCUCUGUGGGCCCUGUUACACUCUAUGGACGACCCAUGGCAACCGAACCAAAUGCCCCUAAUUAAUCCAUA